AUGGCUCCAGGCCAAGCAUCCCCUCUGGACAGCCCCUGGAGGAAUGCCCAUCCCUUCUUCCUCCUGUCUCCACUGGUGGGCCUCCUCAGCCGGGCUUGGAGUCGCUUGAAGGGCCCAGGACCUCCAGAGUCCUGGUUGUUGGAAGCAGUAACAGAAGAGGCUGCACUGGAGGAAGAAGUGGAAACUUCUCUGGCCUUCCACCAUGCCACCUGGGGCAAGCAACCACUGGGGGAGGCUGAAGACAGUGGAGCCGCUGAGAAGGGGGAAGCAGACAUGCGUAUCUGCCCUGCCCGCAAGGCCAAUAGUUAUUUUCUUGAUGCUUCAAAUGUUGAUGAUGAAGCGUAUACGGAGAAAGAAGCAACUAGUGUGGCUAAAGAACAGGAAAGUGAACUUACAGCCAGCCAAGCUGCCCCCCUGCCCCCCAGCCUUCUGAGAAGAACCCUGCAGCAUCCUCUUGGGGAAGAGGAAUCUGAGGAAGACAGGGCUGCUGACAAUACAGAAAUGACCAAGGCCUUCUCUUAUCCCCCAUCACCCUGGGAGAGCUAUCCAGGGCCAGGGGAAAAAGAAGAUAAGGGUGGAGAAGUUGUAAAGAGAGCAGCUUCAAGGCCCUCUUCCCCUCCCUUAUCUCCAGACUCUCAGCUCAGCACUUGGGUGUGUUGUCCAGGGGAGGGAGAGGAGGAGAAAGAUAGAACUGCCAAGAAUAAAGAAGUCACAAAGACUGCCAUGCCCCCUUCAUGUUCAGGCUCUAACCCCAAGACCUGGGAAUGUUGUUCAGGAGAAUCUAAGGAAGAGAGGGAUAGAGAUACAAAGGAAAUAGCUGAGAAAGCAAAGACUGGCUCAGAGGCACACUCUGCCAAGUCCUGGGAGUAUCAACCCAAGAAGAGGACAGAGGAAGAAGAUGAGGAGGAUGGUGCUUCAUGGGCAGCUGAGGAGGAGGGAGAACCUGAGAGUCCUUCCCCAGACCCAUCCACAAGUGCCUUUCUGAAGGCCUGGGUGUAUCGGCCUGGAGAAGACACAGAAGAAGAGGAGGAGGAUGAAGACACAGAGGACAGUGAUUCAGAAGCACCUGAGGAGGAAGGAGUAGCUGAGGGGCCUUCUUCUAGCCCAUGCACAAGUGCCUUUCUGAAGGCCUGGGUGUAUCGGCCUGGAGAAGACACAGAAGAGGAGGAGGAGGAUGAUACUUCAUGGGCAGCUGAGGAGGAAGGAGAACCUGAGAGUCCUUCCCCAAACCCAUGCACAAGUGCAUUUCUGAAGGCCUGGGUGUAUCAGCCUGGAGAAGACACAGAGGAGGAGGAAGACUAUGAGGGGAAUGAGGAUGGAAGAGAUGAUUCAGAAGCAGCUGACUCAGGACCACAUCCCUUCCAAAGUGCCCUCAGGACCUGGAUCUCUCAAGUUGGAGAGGACACUGAGGAAGAAGAAUGGGAAGAGGCGGAGCCCUGCCCUCUCCGAGUGGUCUUCUAUUUACCUGGAGAGAAGCCCCCAGCUUCCUGGGCGCCUCCUAGGCUGCCCCUCCGACUCCAACAGCGGCUGAAGUGCUUACAAACCCCAGCCUGGAAUCCAGACCCUGAGAUUCCCCAAAAGGCCACAAAGGUGCGCUUCGCAGAGAAGGUCUCUGUUCAUCAUCUGGUCGUCUGGGCGGGACCUGCUCAAGCAGCCCGCCGGGGUCCUUGGGAGCAGCUGGCCCGGGACCGCAGUCGCUUUGCCUGCCGCAUCGCCCGCGCCCAAGAGGAACUGGGCCCCUGCCUCUCCCAUGCCGCCAGAGCCAGGGCCUGGGCACGCCUCGGGAAUCCACCCCUUUCUCUGGCCCCCAUAUCUGUCCCUACCCAGACCACGCCUGCCUCCUCCUGCCUCUCGGUGCCCUCUCUACCCUCCACUCACUUGAACCCCACGGUAGCCACACCCUCCUCCGCCCCUGGUCCGCCCCUCGGGGAAAGGCGUGGCUAA